GUGAAUCGGGUCUUCCGGGCCGGCAGGGGGCGCACGAACAGUACCGAACGGGUCCGACCGCAGGAGUGCGCGUCUCUCUCCCUGGCCGGGCUGAUUGAAAUGGAGGGGAGAGGCAGGGGUCGUGCGUUUUGAAAGUUAUUCUCUGGGCGCCCAGAUAGAGAGGGGAGGGACAUCGCAGAAACCGGCGGCGAUGGCAGGGGUGUUAGCGAGAGUACUCUUCUACCCCACCCUGGCCUACAACGUGUGCAUGGAGAAGAUCUCGCCCAGGCGCUGGUUCGACAGGGUGGAUCACACGGUCGUGCUCGGAGCGCUGCCGUUCAGGUGGAUGACGGAUGAGCUGGUCCGGGAACAGAACGUGAGAGGGGUGAUCACCAUGAACGAGGAGUAUGAAACCAAAUACUUCUGCAACUCGGCUGAGGACUGGAGGGAGGCGGGAGUGGAGCAGCUGAGGCUCAGCACGGUGGACCUGACCGGGGUGCCCAGCCUGGAGGACCUGCGCAGGGGGGUGGAGUUCGCGCUGCGGCACCGCCAGCGGGGGGCCAGCGUCUACGUGCACUGCAAGGCCGGGAGGUCGCGCAGCGCGACCGUGGUGGCCGCGUAUCUGAUCCGGCUGCACUGCUGGAGCCCCGAGGAGGCGUGCAGGGCCCUGGCCUCGGUGCGCCCUCACAUCCUUGUCCGCGCCGCGCAGAUGGAGGUGCUGCACCAGUACCAUCGGCAGGUUUGCGCACAGGAUUCCAGCUGACGGGAGAGGGAGCAGUCGACGAUCCAGCCUGAAUCGCAUUGAUUUCGAUGGCCGUGUAUCCAAUGCAGGGUCACGGCGGGCAGGAGCCCCUCCUGGGAAGCACUGGGCACGAGGCAGGAUACCCCUCGGAGGGUGACACCAGUCCACUGCAGGGUACACCCAGACACAGACAGACUUGCAGCAGGACCACUUUACCCAGAAGCCACUUAGCCUACCAUUAUCUCUUAAGAAUGGGAGAGGAAACCAGAGCACCCGUUGGAAACCCAUCCAAACACAGGGAGAACAUACAAGCCCCAAACAUACAGCACCCCAGGUCUGGAAUUGAACCCGGGACCCCAGUGCUGCCAGGCAGCAGAGCUAAACACUGCACAACUGUGCCACCACUCAAGCCUACGUUUUACGAGGAAACUUUGCAGUGUUUUGGAUAUGUGAAUUCCAUAGGAGAGCAUUCGAAAUUAAAGGGGAUGGAAGUACUCUUACUGUACGUCUGUCACAUGCAAUAUUCAAGCUUAAUGUGAGAAGAAUGUAUUGUACAGUAUGUAAAUGCAUAAAACCAUUUGAACUGCACUGAAAACAAUGAAAUGUGUUGUUCCAAAUGUUUCUUUAAAAACCCAUCAUCUCAAGCUGCAAUUUUGUUUAAUCUGCAGCGAAAAUAUUGCUGUCUUGCUGUCUGUUGGAAGGUAUAGAGACCUGUCUCUGUUGAUGAGUUUUAGGAUUGCCAGUGAUGUCCAGGCCAACUUUCUUCAAAAAUAAACGUUAUUAUAAUUUUACUUAAUUUAUCAACUGAAACCACCUGUUGGCAAGAAUCUGCAGAUCUGUUCCCUUUAUUGUAAAUCUACCAGUGACAGUAACUGGUGUUUUCAGUUCCUUGUUUGAUUUCUCAAAACAAAGCAGAAUACCAAUGUCCUUGUGCUUGCAAGAAUACUGUACUUUGAAAAACAUUUUGUAUUGGAACAAGUGACACAUGUCCUCUCAAGUGUUAUUCUAGGGGAUUUACUAUUCUCUCCAAAACAUGAUUAUGAUUUUUUGGAAACCUGGUGCAUUCCAGCAGGUUGGAAUUAUUAGAAAACUUCAGUCAGACACUCAAUGUUUUUUUUUUCCUGUGAAUCCCAAACCGUGAUGACCCAAGGGCUCUCUUAAGGUUAAGUAAAGAUUCAAUCUGAAUAAAAUAGAUUAAAAUAGAAAUAAAAUGCCUAAUGAAAGAUGUUCCUUAAUGCUUCUACUGUAUAUAUUAUUUCUUUACUUCUUUUGAAUGCAUCUAGUUGCCAUGUACCUCAUUUUAAGGCAGUUAAAGUGUUAAGAUAUGAAACAUGAAAACCUAAUUUGUGUGUCUGGCUCAUUUUGUUUCUUGUAUUUGUGAAUGUAAAUAAAUAGCUUACUUUUCACCAUU